UCGACGCAUCCACUCUCCAGCCGGCCGCCGCCCGCCGCCCCCUCCGUGCCGCCCAGCCUCGCCCGCGCCGCCACCAUGAGCCAGGCCUACUCGUCCAGCCAGCGCGUGUCCUCCUACCGCCGCACCUUCGGCGGGGCCGGGGGCUUCCCGCUCGCCUCCCCGCUGAGCUCGCCCGUGUUUCCGCGCGCGGGCUUCGGCACCAAGGGCUCCUCGAGCUCGAUGACGUCCCGCGUGUACCAAGUGUCGCGCACGUCGGGCGGGGCCGGGGGCCUGGGGGCGCUGCGGGCCAGCCGGCUGGGGUCGGCCCGCGCGCCCUCCUCCUACGGCGCGGGCGAGCUGCUGGACUUCUCGCUGGCCGACGCGGUGAACCAGGAGUUCCUGACCACGCGCACCAACGAGAAGGUGGAGCUGCAGGAGCUCAACGACCGCUUCGCCAACUACAUCGAGAAGGUGCGCUUCCUGGAGCAGCAGAACGCGGCGCUCGCCGCCGAGGUGAACCGGCUCAAGGGCCGCGAGCCGACCCGGGUCGCCGAGAUCUACGAGGAGGAGCUGCGCGAGCUGCGGCGCCAGGUGGAGGUGCUCACCAACCAGCGCGCCCGCGUGGACGUCGAGCGUGACAACCUGCUGGACGACCUGCAGCGGCUCAAGGCCAAGCUGCAAGAGGAGAUUCAGUUGAAAGAAGAAGCAGAGAACAAUUUGGCUGCCUUCCGAGCGGACGUGGAUGCGGCUACUCUAGCUCGAAUUGACCUGGAGCGCAGGAUUGAAUCUCUCAACGAGGAAAUCGCAUUCCUUAAGAAAGUGCACGAAGAGGAGAUCCGAGAGCUACAGGCUCAACUUCAGGAACAGCAGGUACAGGUGGAGAUGGACAUGUCCAAGCCGGACCUCACCGCAGCCCUCAGGGACAUCCGGGCUCAGUAUGAGACCAUUGCAGCUAAGAACAUCUCAGAAGCUGAGGAAUGGUACAAGUCCAAGGUGUCCGACCUGACCCAGGCAGCCAACAAGAACAACGACGCACUGCGCCAGGCCAAGCAGGAGAUGAUGGAGUACCGACACCAGAUCCAGUCCUACACUUGUGAGAUCGACGCCCUCAAGGGCACUAACGAUUCGCUGAUGAGGCAGAUGCGCGAGAUGGAAGACCGCUUUGCUAGUGAGGCCAGCGGUUACCAGGACAACAUUGCGCGUCUGGAGGAAGAGAUCCGGCACCUCAAGGAUGAGAUGGCCCGCCACCUGCGCGAGUACCAGGACCUGCUCAAUGUCAAGAUGGCCCUGGACGUGGAGAUUGCCACCUACCGGAAGCUGCUGGAGGGCGAGGAAAGCCGGAUCAACCUCCCCAUCCAGACCUUCUCUGCUCUAAACUUCCGAGAAACAAGCCCGGAGCAAAGGGGUUCUGAGGUCCAUACCAAGAAGACGGUGAUGAUCAAGACCAUCGAGACCCGGGAUGGGGAGGUUGUCAGUGAGGCUACACAGCAGCAACACGAGGUGCUCUAAAGCCAGAGGUCCCUCUGCCACCAGAGACCAUCCUUGCCCCUGUCCUCACUGCCUCCUGAAGCCAGCCUCCUUCCAUCCCAGGGCACCACACCCACACCCAGCCACAGUGCUCCCCUCACAGCCUCUGACCCCUGCUCACCGACCACCACGCAUGGCCCCCCUGUCCAGGGGCUCCCCACAGGGGCCAUGGCCCACCCCUGUCCAGGCACAGGCAGCCCCAGCUAUCUGAGUCCUGGAUGUUGGACAUGAGUGAGCCUGGCUCCUAGCUGCAGAGCCAGCAUGGAA